AUGAGUAAGCGUCGUACAUUUUUAUUACGAGCAUUUCUAUACACAUGUGAUGUGACACGUGCUUUUUAGGUUCACGAAGUAGCGGGAGAAAUCAGAUGCAAAGAAAUUUAUCGCAGCCAAGCGUCGGAGGAAGAAAUGCAAGAGACGUUGUGUACUACUCUCAGCCAAGUACAAGCUCAAGCGUACUUUCUUUGUCACAAAAUUCUUCUUCUGAUUACGCGAUUUCUAAAGACAACGAUCAACUUGUUAAUAGUCUGAUACGAUAUCUUCUCACGUUGGACGGAGGGAAACAAAUGAUUAGUAAAGCUCGUAUAAUAAAAAAUGUCUUUGGCAAUCGUGGGAAACAUUUCGUUCAAACGAUGAACAAAGCGAAAAAUCUCUUGUCAAUGGUUUUUGGAUAUCAACUGAUAGAACUGGAAGGUGGCAAGUACAUGCUGGUAAAUGAAAUAGAAAACACAUUGCCACAUAUUUAUCCUUCUGUGACCGAGAGCAGCCAAAUGGUACUACUGCUCGUAGUACUCACUCAUAUCUUCAUGCUUGAAGACUGUUGUAGCGAAGAACUUUGUUGCUCAAGGAUACCUUAACAAGACAGUGCUGGAAACGAACGAUUCGACAAAAGUGGAAUUUACGUGGGGACACCGUGCAGAGUACGAAUUUUCUCGACGUACGGCUUUAGAAUUCGUGUCUGAGGUAAGAAGUAGUAAUAAUUAAACAUAUAUCCAGCGAUAAAAGCUUAUAUUUCUAUAACAGGUGUAUGACGGACGUCCGAUAAACAGUUGGCAACUGCAAUUUAAAACUUUAACUGCUCGAGAAGCAGCAAAUAAAUAA